GGUCUUUUUAGGACGGCCGCGGCUGUCCGGGGGGGCAGCUCGAUACACAAAAUCACAAAAUCGCUGCCCUCGUCUCAAAAGACUCUCGAUUGCGCGCAGCUUUCCGUUUUCGCAGUCGGAUUCACUUCUUACCCACCCUCCCGCGGAUCCAUUGUGCUACUGCGGCGAAGAUGGAGUCUAGCGGCAACGAGAACUCCACACCCAGCAACGCGAGCGACGUCGCGGACCGUCCCGACCUAUUAGAGAAGGGGGUCAAUGCGGCCGAUCCGAAAUCUCCGGAAGCCGAACCGGAAGAGAAGCGGGCGAUGACCGGCUUCCGCUGGUUCGCCUUCGUCGUGAGCACCCUGACCGCCAUCUUCGUCUACUCGCUCGAUAACACCGUGGUCGCCAACAUUAUUCCCGUAUGCAUACCCUAACCCUGGAUAUUCGCCUGUCCCCCCCUUAGUUUAGACUC